AUGGCAGACUGGCAGCCUUCGCCUUACUCGUGCUUGUGUUCUGCACAUUUUGAACCACAAUGCUUUCACCAGCGACUUGGUCUUGGAUUGGAAGUCAGCAGCAAUAUCACAACAAAACGACUAUUAUACAGAAGUUGUGCGAUUCCAACCAUUGACACCGUCGAACCGGACAGAACCCCGCAUCCAGUUUCACAACAGGAGCGCAGACAGGUGCGGUAUUAUAUUACAUAAUUUCAUAUGUAAAUUUAUUAUCAGAUUAGUUUUAAGAAAUUUUAUUGAAAUUUUUACUCUAACCACAGACUCUUCGUGAUGCCAGCUUCAUAUCUGCACAACAACAAAGUGAGCAUGCAAGCAUGCGAAGGAGAUAUUUCAGGAGUACAACUUGAAACGAGCAUGGAAGCCGAUACACAUACCUGUGAAAUUUCUCGUUCAGCAUGCGAAGAGUGUAACAAACAUAAACAACGAUAUAUCAGAUUGAAUGACAAAUACAGAAAAGCCAAAGGUGUGCAACAAAAGCUAAAAAGUAAGGUAGUUCAACUGGAAAAAGCUAACGAGCCUUGACGGAGGUAAAUAGUAUGUUUUGAUAAAGAAUUUACACUAUAUUUAAUAUGACAGAUGUAUAUGUUUACUUUACAUAUUUUAUGCUCAGGCUUCAGCAUUCUUUCUGCUCAAGUGGCAACCAAAUAUACCAUUUAACACUUUAUAAUUAUUCGGUAUAUAAUCUGUCAUGAAAUUUGAAAAUAUUGUAGUCACUUUAUACCUAUAGGUACAUAGUAUAUUAUACACAUGCAACUUCCUGUUUUUGCUCAAUGUCUUUGACCUAAUAGGGGCUGUUUAUAUGAUCUACUGCAUCAAACUCUCAUAGGCUACUAGCUAGGGACAUGUCAGGAGUAUAUAGAGUCAGCCUGUUACUAGAGGGUAACCCUGAGAAUUGGUACACAAUUUUUGUCCAUGCAUACCGUUUGCCUCGACCUCCAGGGGAACUUGUUAUGUCCAUGCCUUUUGACAAAAUAUAGAAUAUUUUUUAUAUUCUCACUUUUUGACAAAAAUACAGAAUAUUUUUUACAUUGUUCCACAAAUACCUUUCAGAAAUCUGGAGAUUCAUGUUGACAAGGGGAGUAGGGUGUCACUGGUGCCCGAGAUACCCUUAAGUAAGCAAAUGUUGUUAUGGGUGCAAAUGUAAACAAACAACUAACUUGUAUCUGAUUUUAAGAAACUUGAGAAUCAAGCUCAAGACCUACAGCAACAUGUUGAACAAGACGAAGAUAUGAAUGCUGUUGAUGAGACCAUUGAGGAAUCAGCUGAUUAUGAUGGUGCUACACUGGAACCAGUUGGGACCCUUUUGGAGAGGAGGAGGAACAAAUUAAUAAUGCUGGAAUUCCAUCAAAUCAGUGCAGCAGAAAUACUGUCAGGUACAACUAUACAUAAUAAUUAAAUCUUUAUGUCUUUACAAAAGCUCUAAUGAAAUAUCACAAAAUAUAUAAAUAGCUGGCAACUUGUUGAUUUCAUCCUGAUCCAUUUGUGUACAAGAAAAUUAAAGUACAGUACAGUAGUUUUUAUUGGUCAAAAAUGUACAGUGGAUUUAGGUUAAUUAAUAAAGUACUUACUUGUAUUUUGUUUCAGAGUGGAAGCUGGAACCAAGCCUCAAGAUGAACCAAAGUUUAUAGUAUUUUAUAGUUCUCUUCUUGCUCUGUUCUCUGUUUUUUGUUUUAAAUGCAAAAGGGAAAAACCCAAGGUCAACAUGUACCAAACUGGCACUAUGGUAACUGUAGAACAACAAUGCUCUUCAUGUCAAUGAGUUAAACCAUUCAAAUGGCGAAGCCAACCUAGUCUACUUGGACGUGCAACAGGGAAUAUUUUGUUAAGCUUCUCUUCACUCAUGGCUGGAGCAUCCAUCAGUAAGGUCCUCUUGGUAUUUCGUCACUUUGGCCUAGUAGUAUAUAGUCCGAGAACCUACUAUCGUCAUCAGAGUGAAAUGAUCAUCCCAUCUAUCCUGAUUUACUGGGAAUCAUACCAGGCAUCCUUAAUCCAGUCGCUGCGAAAUGUUCAAAAUGCUGUAUGGAGCGGAGAUGGCCGUUUCGACUCCAUGAGCCACUCAGCAAAAUAUUGUGGUUACACAAUGUUUUGCUGUACCAUCAUGAAGAUAGUGCAUUUCGACUUGUUGCAAGUAAUUUUUUGUGAAAUACUUUACAUGUUUUGUAGUCUUAGUUGUUUUGUUUAGUUUCACUAGUUCAUUACACCACUUGUCAAAAACGAUAUUAUGCAGGAGGAAACCACUGUUACCACAUAGUUAUUUUAACCCUGGAAUUAGAGAUACAAUCUCUAAUUCAAAUUAAAAGUUUGACAAUCUCUCUAUUAGACUAAUAUUGCAACUCAUAAUAAAUAUUAUUUUCAUUAUUAUAGGCAAACCAAUCUGGAAGCAGCAACGCUAUGGAGCUGGAUGGUUGUAAGAAAUGCUUUGACUUCUUGAUCACAACUGCUGGUUUAACAAUUCCUGUGUUUGCAUCUGUUCGCCACAAAGGAAUUUGCAAAUAUAUACGCGAUUCACAUCCUGCAAUCAAACAUUUCUUUGACCAGUGGCAUGUCAUCAAAGGCAUUGUGAAAAAGAUGCUUAAAGCUAGCAAGGAAAAGGGAUGUGAAACGAUUAAAGAGUGGACAAAAGGAGUAAGAAACCAUAUCUAUUGGUGCUCUACGACAACGCUGGGAAACUUUCCAAGUUUAAUCUUAGCCAAGUGAAAGUCAUUGAUGGGGCACAUCGCUAAUAAACAUAAUCACCCAGACCCACUCUUUCCAAAAUGUGCUCAUGGAGAUUUAGAACCGAGAAAAUGGAUGAAAGUUGGUAUGACGUUGUUUGUAUAUGUUUAUUGUGUGCAUGGUGAUCAAUAUAAUUAACGCUUACCCAUUAAGUGGACAUUCUUCCCUUGAAGAAUAAAACCAUCUGGCAUUAGACAAAGUAUAAGAAUAAAAAGGUGCAAGUGGCCAAUAAUGAAGCUGCAAUGCCUUGUGCACCCUGUUUUGUCUAAAGCUAAUGUCAAGUUAUUUUACUUUGUCUUAUGCCAGGUAAUUUUACCCUUCAAGGGAAAAUUUGUUGGCAGGUUUAUAUACAUAUAUGAAAAGAGCUUGUAAAACUCACCAAUCUGACAACGAAUUAGAAUGUCAACAUACAGUAUACAAAGCAUAUGAUAAACUAAAUGGGAUUCUGAUGAAAAAAAGUGUGUUAAAGGACAUUAGCAAACUUUCCCCAUGCUCAGACCAGUGCCCUUGAAGGCUUCCACUCUACACUCAAUCAGUGGCACCCGAAAAUGCUUUGCUUUUCAUGGCUUGGGACGUAUUGCAGGUAAUUACAAUGGGACUUGGGCAUCUGAAGUAGGAAGUGCUUUGAUAUAAUGGAGAAAGAAAUUAUGCAUUUGUUUAGAGUAAGAAGCUAGUAUUAUAAAUAAAUACAAGGUGUACUAUACAUCUUUAUUUCCUGGAUUUUAGACACAUACUCGCCAUUUUGCACUUUAACGAGAAUGUGCAUAGGAAACCAAAGCAAGCAAAAGAUGGGAAAACAUACAUGCAUGUGACCUAUCCCAAAUUUAAACUUGGAGACGAGAUUGUACGUGAAGUUGCUGUUCCACCCACAUAUGGUGAGUUCAAACUGGUAAUUAUUUUAACAGCAAAUGUCACCUUUUAGUGGUAUGGUGCACUUUAAUUGUGCCUAACUUUUGCACUUACUUUAAUGUUCAAGGCUAUGUUGGGAACAUAAAGGAAAUUCUUUUCUCAAAAUCUGAGAAGGAAUAUAAUGCUAUUAAAAAAAAGUAUGCUGCAAAAGUACCACCCCCACUAAACACACAGUUUCCAGACAGAACUGCAAAAGAUGAAUCCAUAAAACAGCAAAGAAAAAGGAAACAAAAAGAAGCUGAACUUUUCCCAUCAGGUACAAUUGACAUUUAUCCCUGA